CGCUCCUCCUGCUUCGUUCCGGGAGCAGCGGCUGCAGCCUGGAGAUGAGGGCAGGAGGAGCAGGGGACUCCCCGGCAGCACUACAACUCCCGGCGGCCGCCGCGGCGGGAGAGACCACUGCACCACGGCGACUGGACAUGGCGGCCGAGGACCCCCCCUUCGUCCUGGGGAGACCGCGCUUCGAGCAGAACACGUUCUACGGACGAUUCCGCCACUUCCUGGACAUCAUUGACCCGCGCACGCUCUUCAUCACUGAGAGUCGCCUUAAGGAGGCUGUGCAGCUGCUGGAAGAUUACAAGCAUGGAACGCUGCCCCCUGGAGUCUCGAAUGCAGAACUCUGGGCGGCUCAGAAGAUAAAGCAGGCAAUCAUCCACCCGGAUACGAAUGAGAAGAUUUUCAUGCCUUUCCGAAUGUCAGGUUAUAUCCCCUUUGGGACCCCCAUAGUUGUGGGUCUUCUGCUGCCAAAUCAGACCCUGACAUCUACAGUCUUCUGGCAGUGGUUGAAUCAGAGUCACAACGCAGGCGUCAACUAUGCAAAUCGCAACGCGAGCAAGCCUUCUCCCACAUCCAAGUUCAUUCUGGGAUACACUGGAGCUGUCGUCAGCGCGGUCUCUAUUGCAGUCGGCCUUAAUUCUCUGGUUCAGAGGGCAAAUAAAUUUUCUCCUUCUACCAGACUCUUCAUCCAGCGAUUUGUGCCAUUUCCAGCUGUUGCCAGUGCCAAUAUUUGCAAUGUGGUCUUAAUGAGACACAGCGAGCUGGAGGAGGGCAUCGACGUGCUGGACAGCAGCGGGCAGACGGUCGGCUCCUCGAGAAUAGCUGCCAAACACGCUCUGCUAGAGACAGCUCUCACCAGAGUGGUGCUCCCCAUGCCUAUCCUCGUUCUACCUCCCAUUAUAAUGUCUGGACUUGAAAAGACAUUGUUGCUGCGAACAUAUCCAAGACUGACCCUCCCCGUGCAUAGCCUUGUGUGCCUUGCUGCCUUUGGACUGGCUCUCCCUUUAGCCAUCAGUCUCUUCCCCCAGAUGUCUGAGAUUGAGACCUCACAACUGGAGCCAGAAAUUGCGAUGAACACCACCUCUCGGACGGUGGUCUACAACAAAGGAUUGUAAGCCAAAUUUGGUCACCUCAGCACCGAGCAAUGAAGAAAAGUCUCCCUGCUCCCCCCUUCCCCGUCACUUACCACAGAGCAAGGAACAGACGAACACCUGAACUCUCCCUCGUUCCCGACAGCUGGGGAAAAUUAACACAUUUACAGAACUAUCAACUCUCCGAGGUAGAAGAGUUACUGGAUUCAUGUCUUACUGUUGCUAAGGGGGACUAGAAAUAGCACAAUAAUGUGGUACCAAUAAUUUUUUUUUAAAAGCCAUCAUUAGAUUACAAAAAAUAUAUAUGAAAGAAAAAAAAAAUUCCAUAAGAUCACAAUCACUGCAUGAAAAGGGAAUGAUUCAUCCAAUUAGCCUGCGUAACGUCACCCAGAUCAGCGUCAUUAACACACGUCACCUCUAGAAGAUGAAUCUUGAUGAUGCCGCUAGACCAAGUUCGAUAGAUAAGCCUGACUAUACAACACAAAAAUCAAAAGGAAUAAAAUGUAGUUCCACAUCCAGCACCAGCGUGACGUUACACCAUAGACUUUGACACUUAUGUAGGACGUCUUCUACAGUAUGCCUUAGUUAACGAGUUCCACGUGGCUCAUACUAACGGUAUGUGAAGCGUAUUCCAUAGAACUUAGGUUUAGAUACAUUGUGAGUUAUGACUUGAGUUCAUAGCUGAAAUUUACAGUUUCGUCACUUACCGUAACUUGCGUUCAAUAUCAGUAUUUUCAGUACGGGACUACUGGUUUCCGUGGUGCCAUUAAGUAUGUUGACAAUCUGGGCAGGAACAAUUAAUACAAAGUCUAAAGCUGGUCAUACACAUUUGGUGGACGUUGGCCGAGCCCACCAAUUUUGGCAAAAACCAGACAACUAUUGUUGUGUCCAGGUUCUCCCCCAAUUGGACAAAUCAGGGGGGAAGAAAAACGUUGAUCAUUUAGAUGGAGCAAUCAUCGGUACGGCACUUGACUAGCCAAUUUGUUGUGCAGUCGUUUUGGCAAAUACAGUUUGAAAGAUGCCUUUUCCUUGUUUGUUGACUGAUCACUGGACAUGGUUUUCGAAAGCGUAAUCGAUUGCCUGAUCUUCAAGCCGUGUAAAAAGGCCUUAAGUUCUUGUGGGAGAUAAGCCAUUGCCAAAGAAGUUUGACAAUGGCUUAUUCCUAUCGAAAACACAUGCUCACUCGGCCAAGCCCAGGUCGCAUGUGUACGGGGGAGAGGAAGAAAUGCUAUUGGCCAAACAAACAUUCAGCUGUCGAGGGGGUCUGGGCACCUAAAAACAACCACACCAGAUCCAGUUAAUAUUAGUGGCAUCUGUUGUUAAUCUUACAUGCAUGACCACAGCAGACCUCAGAUUAUCAGUAGAUGUCACCAGAAUUAGCAGAUAAAUAUCUCAUGUCUAUGGCCAGCUUUGCAAUAGAAUAAAAUCUAUUGGACAUACUGAUCUAUCUCUAACAGAGACAGCAGAAGAGUGAAGGGGGAGAUCCGCAGGCAUGGAAACCAGUUAUGGGAUUCUUUCUACAUCUAAAGGAGGCCAUACACAAUAGAAGUGUAACAUCGAAUGAUCAUUUUAGCUGGGCAACGUCUGAAAACAAUUCAGCCAUGUUUAGAACAACUCCAAUGGCCAGUAUGGUCCCUAAGGAAGUAAACUAGAAAGAAUCUAUAAUGAACCGUAUGGCAGAUAUUGUCUGGAGAGCGAAUUGUAGCAGAACAUUGGAUAUAGAGUCAUAACAGGCGAAUGGUGGACCCCUUCUGCUGUAGAUGUAACAGUGUGGUCUCUUCAUUGCUAGCUUUAGUUAAAAAUGCAGGAAGAAGUUAAGUUCCAUUUAUUAACUUUUUUUCUGUCUGGUUCACAUAUCUCACCUUUUAUAAUAUACCUCAAUAUACUAGAUCUCAUAAGCUGGAGAUCAUCUUACUUAAUCAGGUUUGAUUGUUAUGUGUCUAACCAUCUCUCACUUGGUGACAUCUUACUUGACUUGAUACUACCAGGCUAGAUUACUGGAGACCUCACUUGGGCAAAUCUAAUUAUAUUUCACUAAAAAGAUCGCUACUCAUCCAGAUGGUCAUUGUUUCUUCAGAUUACAAUGGAAGAGAUCUCUUCACUUCCAUAUGGUCAGUAAUUCUUCAUAUUACGCCCGCUGAGAUCCUUUCACAUCUAGAUGGUCAGUGUUUCUUCAAAUUACACUGGAAGAGAUCUCUUCACAUCUAUAUUGGCACUGAUUCUUCACAUAUGCCAGUUGAGAUCCUUUCACAUCUAGAUGGUCAUUGUUUCUUCAGAUUACAUUGGAUGAGAUCUCUUCACAUCUAGAUGGUCAGUGUUUCUUCAUAUUCCACUGGACAAGAUCUCUUUACAUUUAGAUGGUCAAUGUUUACUCAUAUUAACCUGUAAGAGAUGUGUUCAUAUUAGACGGUCAAAGUUUCCUUAUACUACACUGGAUGACUGUCUAGAUCGUCAGUUUCUUCAUAUUACACUGGACAAGAUCUCUUCACAUCUACAUGGUCAGUGUUUCUUCAUAUUACAGAGGAUGAGAUCUAUUGACAUCUAGAUGGUCAGUGUUUCUUCAUAUUACAGAGGAUGAGAUCUAUUCACAUCUAGAUGGUCAGUGUUUCUUCAUAUUACAGAGGACGAGAUCUAUUCACAUCUAGAUGGUCAAUGUUUCUUCAUAUUACACUGGACAAGAUCUCGAUGGCCAAUGGUUCCUCAUACUACUUGGAGACUUCCUCACAUAUCAUAUCCUCCUUCAAAUUCUCUGUGGAUUUCGUUUACAUUAUGUUGGCGUCCACUCUAUCACUUUUAAGAGAUUCUGAUUUGAUAAAUGCUGAUCCCAAGGGACCUAUUUUAGGGCUUUGGCUUUAGGAGAAGUAGCAGAGCUAAAACUUGAUAAACAGUAAUAUAAGUAGAUGUCUAUUACACAUAAUCUUCUCACCCAACUUUUAGCGUUGCUUAUUUUCCCUAUGUUCUGAAGAAAAUCUUUUGUGUGGUGUGUAUGCACUAACCACAUUUUCUUGUGCAGUCAUUGGUCAUCCACCAGUCAUAAGUUGGGUUGAGAACAACUUUUGAAGAAAGUUAAGUGCUGUAUUUCUCAUGUUUUACUGACUGAAUGAUUGAAUUCCAAUGACAUUCUGUUUUGUGUUGAUUUUAUCAAGUCACAGAUGAUGUGACGAUGAGAGGAGGCUUGAUUUUUAACUGUCUUACAAAUUAAUUAUGAUAAUUGAGAAAUAGCGCUUGGUGGGUAAACUGUGAAUGCAAUGGUUAUAGUGAUGCAAGAUACAUUGCUAAUUUAUCCAGAUCAAAGUGAUGAAAGAGAAUCCUUUAUAUGGGAACAUUUAAGGUAUUAGAUACAUUCUGGCCAAUUACAAUGAGACUGGAUGUUCUACUAAUGUUCUACUUCCCCUACCCAUGAAAGUCGGACAGUAAGGAGGAAUUUGUGUCGGCCAUUCUAGGGAGUAUGGCUAUUUUCAAAGUGGGGUAGUUGGCCAACUGAGAAACAAUGCCCGUUGGUGGCAGGUCCACAAACCUUGGUACAUUUUCCCAGCGAUCUUUAACAUUGCCAGGGCAUAACACCAUAGCAUAAUUUUAUCACAAAGCUCCAACCAUUUUCUGAAAUUUCAAGCAUAUUGCCACAGUGUAGUAUUAGUAUUGCCAUGUUCUGUCCAUGUGUUCAUGGAUGUCAUCCAAAAGCUUAAAAGCUUCUAUAAACAUUUUAUAUCACUAAUGGAUCAGGAUCAUAAGACAGUGAGAAGACUAUGAAAUUGGGUUCUGUUCGAAGGUCUCUACCAGAGUUGUAGAGCCAGAAGUGUUUUAAUGUAGGAAAAGUAAUUGGUUCCCAAAAGAUAUAAGCAAUGACGGCUUUGUGCACAUUCCAUUAAUUGCUAAUUAAUUAUUCUGCCCUGUUUAAUGAGGCAGGAGAGUCUGAAAACAAGAGCUCUCCACCCCACCACACCACCACUUAUUGUAGGACAGGGAAUUGAGUGUAGCUGGUAAUGACAUUACACCCAUGCUAUAUAAUUAGAGAACAGACCAAUGAACCACAAGUAAUUGAUUCUUAGUACAUUAAUUAAUGGAAAAAAAUGAAGAAGAGGGCAAGUGAUAUGUGAUUAUGAUAAUACAAGGUCAUGUUACAUCAUACAGCAGGGCAGCCCUCAUCCUCCGGGAGCUUAGAGCGAUCUGUAGUACAAUGGGUGGUUUUAUUCCAAUGUUCUGCCCGAACUGUCAGCCUUCCAAAUUUUUAGAUAACUCCGCCUAAAACUGGCCAAACCCAUUUGGAUAAAAUACUAGUGUUCCCACAUCACCUGGGAUCAUGCGCUCUCUUUCCAUUGUCCUCCAGUUUGGGCCAAGCUGUAGAACAAUGUCCAAUGACUUCUCCAUUGCCGGUAGAGAAAUGACUGUACUUGUUUGGUUGUAGGUGUUUCCAGUUCCUUUGUUUAGCACAUGUUCCAUUAAGUUUAUGCAUAGUUAUUCCCAAUCUCCACUUUGGAGCUAAUUUUUCCAAACUUUGAGAUUGUAGAUGUCUCCACUUGACCUCUAAACCUAAUAAUUGCUAUAUUACAUCGGAUAGUGUGCUCUGCUGUACUGCAGAACAUCUUGUCCAAUCUUCACUGUUUGUUACACCACAAUGAAUGUCGUAUUUUUAUAAUCUUCUAGAAUCUUAGCCAAAAUCACCUGUUAAGGAUUUAGAUGAGGUGCUGAAAGAAUUAUCACCAAAUCCACUGAGUUCAGUCUGACAGCUGACGACCUAAUGUGUAUGAGGGCCUCCUAACGAGAAGGAUUGGGCCAUUGGAUAUGCCCUACCCUUGUGUUCUCGGGAAAAUAAGCCACUUCCAUAGGCAAUCUGUCAACAGCUUACUUCAUCUCCAUUGAGAGCUUGGUACACUUAGCCAUGCAUGUAUGUGCAUGGGAGGUUGGGAGAAAUAGCUCACCAGCUAUCUAAAAUGUAUGGCCAACGCUAGACUGGCCCUAAGUACCCUUUCAGCACCUGGCCACCUCGGUUGACGUCAUGCUAUAACCAUUGGUGAAUGAAGCCAUGUUCAAUGACAUUUUCAGAUUGUCCUGACUCUUUUCUUCUGCCUAUACAUGAUGACAGGUCUCAUGUCGCCUUUCAUACUGUGGUACUCUACAAAAGUUUUUUUAGUUUUUUUUAAAACAAGGAUAUUUCUUUGAUGUCCCAUUAAGCUGUCAUUAAAGGGGUUGUCUCAUCCUAGACAUUGGUGGCAUAUCACUAGGAUAUGCCAUCAAAGUCAGAUAAGUGUGGUUGUACUUCUGAGACCUAUAUCUGUAUCUCCAGAACGGGACCCCCAAAGUGUGCGUAGAGCAGCGACCCUCCACUUCCGAAAACAGCCGAGCGUGCUUGCGCAGCUUUUUUUGAAACUCAUAAAAAUAAAUAGAGACGGGACCGCACAUGCACAGUGUGUUCUCCUUCACUUUCGGGCACCCGUUCUGGAGAUGGGUGUGGGUGUCAGAGGUGGGACCCGUAUCCACAUGACUUUGAUGCCAUAUGCGAGUGAUAUGUCGUCAAAGUCUGAUAGGACACAACCACUUUAAGUGGUCCCUUGCAGUACCAAGCCAAGAAUAGUGAGACUCCAUUAUACAUGGGGUGACGUUUUAUGCCAGUGCCACAUCAUAGACUAUGGAUGCCCAUACACCUUCACUUGCUACCAGCCAACAGUUAUCUCUCCUGACUCUCAACUUGGCUUAGUGUGCAUGUGUUUUCAGUGGGGAAAGAGGAGAAAGCCAAUGUCAAACACAUCUACUGGUAGCUAAUUUCGCAGGAGAACAAAAGGAUCGGGCAUUGAAAGCCAAGGCACCUAAUCCUUCUGUCCCUUGCCAUCAUCUGUCUGGGAAGUGUUGGGAGCUCCCCAUACACAUUUGUUUGUCGGCUGACAGUAGUCUCAGGAUGGUGCUACACAACGAUCUUGAGUGCGAAAUAUGUAGCGUGUAGCGCGGCUGUUUUUUUUUGUUAUUCUGGGGUCGAGGUCGCAGUAACUUGUGAGGCACACUGCAACCAAAUUCUGUUCCAUGGCUUGAUGUCACGGUCAAGAUUGCUGUGUUAGACCAAGCGUAAUGUGUACGUGGGACAUGACAGAGAUCAUCAAGGAGAAUGGACCAAUUUGACCUGGAAUUUUCCAGCGUCUUCUCUGGUACUUAUAAGAGGUUAUUUUAUGGGUGUACCCAGCACCCUAAUAUUAAUGUCCUGGGGGCAGGUUUGGUAUAAAGCUAUCAUUGAUAAGUCAUUGGUGGCAAUUUAUAAACUAUUAACACAUUUGAACAGAUUCUAUAAAAGUAAAAUUAGCAAGAAAAAAAUAAACAUUUCUUGGCGUUUUGUUAUAGACGGUAGUUGCAGCUCAUCCGGCCAUUACUUACGGCAACACGUCUGAUCUCAUAUAGGAGCAGGUGGAACACCCUUAUGGAAUAACCCGAAAACCUUGUGCUAGGUGUCCUCACUCCAUUAUAUAUUGCACCAUAACAUGCCUCUCAAGCUCUCUAUGGGCUGUAUAGAUAGGGUUUACAGUAAUCACCUGGAGGCGGCCAUUUUGUUGACUGUAUCAAUAUCUAUUACUUGUCAGUUUUCCAGUAAGUUAUGUCUUUACAUUAGAGCAAUUCUCCAACAUUCUGGAUUUUUUUAUCCGUAGACAAAGUCUUAAAGGGGUUUUCCAGGUCUAAGCAGGUACCGCCGACCCACCUUAAUUACACGUAACACUGUAGAAGAACGUUUGUGAUGGAUUCACAGUUCUGAAGUUGCGUGGAUCAGCCUCUCAGGAACCAGUAAUGUGACACUUCCAGGCUGGGCUUCGGAGAGGCCAUCAUUUCCUCUGUGGACAGAACCGUUCCUUUCUCUGGCACGUGCGCAAAUCCCUGAAUCCACCUCGUUUGCACAUUCCCCAGAGUGGAGAAUAGUUCUGGCCCCAUCCACAGCAGAAGUGACAUUGACAGAAUCAGGAUUUUAUAAGAGGAGCGUCACGUGCCGAUACCGCAACAACUAGACGAGGCGAGUUAUGUGUAGGUAAGGUGGGUUUGUGGGACCCGCUAGGCCCUGGAAUACCCCUUUAAACUAUGGCUACCUGCCACAACUAGGGGUGUAAUUCAAGUGUCAACACCAGCACACCAGGUGCUCCCCCUAGUGGUUGCACGUGAGAACCAGAAUGGUAAUUUUUGCUUCUAUGUCUGUGGAGGGGAUUUGAAGCUCUAUUAGAGACAUGGAGCUCCGACCAAUAUAAAGAUAUGAAAUGAUUCAGUGAUGUCGCUGGUCUCAAGGAAGUUUCUAAAAGUGUCUCUCACCUUUUUUUAUAUUUUAAGUAUGAAUAUGGGUUGAGGCCACAGAAUGGCAGCCAUCCAUGUGUUUAGUCAAUUUAAUGCCAAAAUCUAGCAAAUCGAACUAAUCAUUGUGCCAAAAAUGUAGCGUUAGACUUGGACUAUAGUGAGAUAUAUAAGAGGUAACAGAUUUGUAUCAUAAAGAUAUAUUACAGAACAUAUAGAUAUCUGCUAUCUUAGAGAAAGGAGCCAUUACAAUGUCACGCUGUCUCGGAAACGCCAGCGGGCCGUGGGCAUCUGCACGCACCUUAUAAUCUAGUUGUGUGGCAGGCAAAAUGUUAUGUCUUCCAACUGACAAGCACAUAUACCUCUCAGAUGUAAAGCAACUUUUUAUCUUUCACAAAUGUAACACUGAAAUAUAUAGAAUAAAAGAACAUGCAUUAACUUGA